UUGCGAAGUAAAGCGGCUAUUUGACAAUAGCUCGGCAGCGGAGCGCAACCGGGAGUCUGUGGAGGAGGGAAGCGCAACGAUGACGGGCAAAUCUGUGAAAGACGUGGACAGAUACCAGGCUGUCCUCAACUCUCUGCUGGCGCUGGAGGAGAACAAAUACUGCGCCGACUGCGAAUCCAAAGGUCCGAGAUGGGCGUCCUGGAAUUUGGGCAUCUUCAUUUGUAUCCGCUGUGCCGGCAUCCAUCGAAACCUGGGGGUGCACAUCUCCAAGGUCAAGUCCGUCAACCUGGAUCAGUGGACGCAGGAGCAGGUCCAGUGUGUUCAAGAGAUGGGAAAUGCCAAGGCCAAACGUCUCUACGAGGCUUUUUUACCUGAGUGCUUCCAGCGUCCUGAGACAGACCAGUCUGCAGAGAUGUUCAUCAGGGACAAGUAUGAUAAGAAGAAGUACAUGGAUAAGGUCAUUGACAUCCAGAUGCUAAGGAAAGAAAAGAGUUGCGACAACAUACCGAAGGAGCCCGUUGUCUUUGAGAAGAUGAAAUUGAAAAAAGACAUCAGCCCGAAGGCAGAUUCCCAGUCUGUUACAGACCUGCUUGGACUAGAUGCCCCUGCUCCGAGCCCUGCGGUGUCUAAUGGAGGAGGAUGUGUUCCAGACAGUAAUGAGAGCCCAGUGGUGUCUCAUCCAGCUCUGGCACACUCUGCCCUGGAUCUUUUCAGCUCACUCCCAGCCCCCUCCUCUGCUUCCUCCACAAAAACCACGCCUAUUUCUAACUCCAUGCCUCAGAGCAGAGUGACUGCCUCAGUGCCUGAGAAUCUCAGCUUGUUCCUUGAUCCGACACCCAAAGCAGAAGAGGGCACUGUCAAGAAACUGUCCAAGGAUUCUAUUCUCUCCCUGUAUGCCUCCACCCCCUCAGUGCACGCCAGCAGUAUGGCUGCACACGGCUUGUACAUGAACCAGAUGGGCUACCCGACGCACCCGUAUGGUUCGUACCAUUCUUUAGCCCAGGCCGGUGGAAUGGGAGGCGCCAUGAUGACGUCACAGAUGGCCAUGAUGGGACAGCAGCAGAGCGGCAUGAUGGGCGUUCAGCAAAACAGCAUGAUUGGAGUCCAGCAGAACUGCAUGAUGGGACAGCAGAACAGCUUAAUGGGCGCUCAGGGAGUCAUGGCUCAGCCCAGCGGCGUUAUGGCGUCGCCUUACAUGACGGGAAUGCCCCAGGGCAUGAUGGGACAGCAGCAAAGUGGAAUGAUGGUGCAGCAGCAGAAUGGCAUUAUGGGACAGCAGCAAGGCGGGAUGAUGGGACAGCAGCAGGUUGGAAGUUUGGCCACGUUACCCCACCAGCAAGUUUAUGGAGUGCAGCAAGCCCAGCAGCUGCAGUGGAACAUCGCCCAGAUGACUCAGCACGUGGCCGGCAUGAACCUCUACAACACCAACGGCAUGAUGGGAUACAGCAGUCAACACAUGGGCGGUUCAGCAACUCAGAGCUCGGCACACAUGACGGCACACGUGUGGAAGUGAUCGCAUCCGUCCGAGAAGCGAUGGGAAAACGCCAACAACCUACAAAAACCGGGGGGAAACAGUCGUAGGAAUCUGUGGAUCUCCAUAAAACAUUUUCUAAUGCGAGGGAGGAGGAGGAGACAGGUGUGAAGAAGAAGAAGAAGAAGAAGA